GUCAUUACCUCUAUGUUUCUUUGUCCUCUUCACUCGUCUUCUCUAGCUAAUCUUCUCUAUUUUUUUUAUAAUCUCCAUUGUUGUUUCCUCGAAACGAUCUGAGUGUGAUGCGGGUAAAUUUGGCUUUAAGGAUAUUGUCAAAAAUUCAAGAGUAGUUGUGUGGCUUGUGGGGUAAUAAAUGGACCAUAAAGCAUGGCCUUGGAAGAAGAAAUCAAUGGAGGAAGCAGUUGUCGAAAGUAAUGGCAUUUCCUCCAAUGGAGAGUUUGAGAAGCUUGUUGCUGACAAGAUAGAGCUUGAAAAUCGCCUUAAAAGUCUAAAUGAUAAGCUUACCUCUGUUGAAGCUGAGAGCAAUAAGCAUAAGACUGAGACACAAGAAGCAAUUAUUGGCUGGGAGAAGACAAAAGCUGAAUCAGCAUCUCUCAAGAAGAAGCUUGAAGAAGCUUUGAAUGAGAAACAGAGGAGCGACGAGAGGUCAAGUCACACGGACGCUGGUCUAAAAGAAUGUAUGCAGCAGCUUCGCUUUGUUCGCGAGGAGCAGGAGCGUAGAAUGCAUGAUGCUUUGACAAAAGCAUCACAGGGGCACGAACGAUUAUUGACUGUUGUAAAGACAGAAUUGGCAGAUACCGGGAAGAGGCUUGCAGAAGCAGAAGGCGAGAACACUCAACUCUCAAAGGCUUUGUUAGCAAAGAACAAAACUGUUGAUGAUUUAAACAGAGAGAGGGACCGUAUUGAAGCUGAUUUCAAUGCUUUGGUGAGUAGUUUAGAGUCCAAGGAAAAAGAAAACGUUUCUCUGAGAUACGAAGUCCGAGUGCUGGAGAAAGAGCUUGAGAUUCGGAACGAAGAGAGAGAAUUUAGCCGUCGAACCGCUGAAGCAUCGCAUAAACUGCACUUAGAGAAUGUGAAGAAAGUUGCAAAGCUAGAACAAGAGUGUCAAAGGUUACGGACACUUGUCAGGAAACGGUUACCAGGACCCGCUGCUCUGCCCAAAAUGAGAAGUGAAGUAGAGAUGUUGGGGAGGAGAAGAGUCAAUGGAAGCUCUAACGGUGCAAUGAUUGAUUCUGAAAAAAUCAGUAACCUCACUGAGCAAUUAUGCUUACUGGAAGAAGAGAACAAGACUCUGAGGGAUGCGUUAAACAAGAAAGUCAAUGAGCUUCAGUUCUCAAGAAAUAUGUAUUCUCGAACAGCGUCAAGACUACUUGAAUUCGAGUCUCACCUCGACGAAUCUUCUAAAGGCACAAACAUUGACCCAAGCAGUUGCAGCAAUGUGUCACAUGAAGUCUCGCUUGCAUCACUAUCAGAGUUUGACAACGAUGAUAAAGUUAGCUGUUCAGAUUCCUGGGCUUCUGCUUUGCUAUCAGAGCUGGAGAAUUUCAAGAACAAGAAGCAAACGGGCUCAAGUUUGGUUAGAACUCCCAAAGCUUCAGAGAUGAAACUAAUGGAUGAUUUUGCUGAAAUGGAGAAGCUUGCAAUGGUAACAGGUACAGUCGAUAACCGACCUGGAAGCUCUCCUAUUUGUUCUUCUGAUUCCAUUUCAGCUACUGGCCCUGUAGAGAACGAAUCUAAUGAAAAUUCAUCAGAGGUAACAAAAACUCCCAGAACAGAUCCUGGCGCAUCUCCUCAAGAUAUCAAGUCAGAUUCAACGAGCAAAUUACCUCAAUCUCUUCAUAUCGUCUUGAAUGCGAUCAUGGACCAUAUGCGUGUUACGCAUAGAAACACUGAUGAAGUACUUGAAGAUAUCAGAAAAGCUUUGUCAGGUGUAAACCAUUCAAGCUUAAAACAGACCGAGAAUCUCACUGUGGACGGUAGACCAGACGUGGAGUGUUGUAUCAGCAAAUCGAUUCGCAGGAUCGUUGAAAUUAUCGAAGUAGUCAGCUUAAAAGAUGAGAGGCAUGUCUCACACGGAGAAUCAGAAAGGCUUUCAGGUUACACUGCUCGUGUCUUGCAAUGGAAAACUACAGAGCUCAGUAGUGUAUUGCAACGAUUUCUUCAGACUUGUUAUGAUCUAUUAGACAGAAAAGCAGACAUGAACAAGUUUGCAGAAGAGUUAAGCUCUGUCUUGGAAUGGAUGGUGAACCACUGUUUUUCUCUUCAAGAUGUUUCAAGCAUGAGAAAUGAGAUUAAGGAGCAGUUCGAGUGGGAUGAGUCACGGAGUGGAAGCGAAAUUGAUAUUGGAAUAGUUGACCAGGUUUCAGAAGCAGAUAAGCUUAAGACAGAUGAUGUUUCAUCUUUGGCUUCCAAGGAUCAGCUCAUCGUAAAAAAACCUUACAAUCACAAGCUACCGAGCAAAAUUGUUGAAGAAGAGGCAAAGGACAAGGCAGCAAGUGCUUCAGCGAGCGAGCUUACGCUGGACGAAACACAAAACAUGCGAACUGAAUUGGAGAUCACUGCUGCUUCUGAAAAGUUAGCUGAGUGUCAAGAGACGAUUCUAAACCUGGGAAAGCAGCUCAAAGCAUUGACUAACUCAAAGGAAACAGCUUUGCUUUCAGACAAACUCACACCUGACUUUACCUCCAAAUCGAACAACUUAGCUACUGCACAACCUUCACAAGAGACAAAACCAGAGAAGAGACUGACCACACAGAGAUCAUCUCUUUUGGAUCAGAUGAAGGCAGAAGAUCAUGACAAUGGAGGAGAAUCCAAGGACCAGAAUUCUCAAGCAGAAGAUAAAAACGGAAAUGGAGGCAAAUCUGUUUACAAUGAAACUAUUGAGGCGUUGGAACAGAUUCUUCUCUCAGACAAAAAAAGCAAAGGCCUUGAAACAAACUGCUUCUCCAUUGUUCCUCAGAAAAAGAGUGGCGGAGCUAAGAGCCUGUGGAGGAAGCUAUUAGGGAGAAACAAGAAAAGCAAGAGCAACAAGAUCCCUAAUCCAUUUGCCACCUAAGAAGAUGGUGUCAUCUAGACUAUAACCUAAUACCUUAAUCAUGUUCUUUUUAUGUUACCUGUACUAAGCAUACUAAACUGUCAUUUUUUCUUAGAAUUUUUGGCAGUAUAUAUUUAUAGGGAGGAUUGCUGUAAGGCCUUAAAAAAAGUUGGUAAUUAGUAGAAUAA